CUCAACACAGGGCAGAGAGUUUGAGCCCAGCCUCCACGAUACAAAGCUCCACAUCAUUGGAGACGGUUACUCACAUGUAAGCAGAGCGACUGGGAGGCAGGGCACUUUAGAGAAGCAGAGACACAGCAAGAGAGAGAGCAGUAGUGGAAAGACAGAGAGACAGGCAGAGACUGAGGCAUGUCUAGAACCUGACACGCUAACAGGACUUGGAGCACUGAACAGCUGAAGGUUUAUGCCAGCUCUCAUCAGCUGCUUUGUGAAAGCCUGGAAUCACUCAUACAGUGCUGUCAAUGGCUGUGUGCCAAGAUGAUGUCAGAUGGGGAAAUUGAUAACAUGGUUACAACUAUGUUUAAUGGGACAAAAUAUUCAACAACCAAAAACAUAAAAGAAGACAACACCAAUCAGCCACUAUGCAAGGAGUCUGCAUAGGCCUUUUCCCACUGAUCCCCUUAAUAACAGCCGUCCUGAUCCUCCUGCUGUGUUCAGCUGGUUGUGGUCUGGAGCUGAACCCCAGCACGAAAGAAAUCAUCCUGACCGCUAAUUCCUCCAUCUCCAUCAUCUGUUCGGGCUGGGCGUCUGUUUACUGGCGCUACAAAAGAGAUGAGAAUGUACCUAUGUUUAGAACAGAGAACCGAUCCCGCACUUCUAGUGUUCUUCAUCUGGAGAAUGUCACAUGGAAUCGAACAGGAGUGUACGUGUGCUCUGAGAUUGGCUCUGAUGAGAGCAGGGAGGUGGCCAUCUAUGUGCCUGAUAAGGACAAGUGGUUUUUGGAGAAUGAAUACAAUGCAGUUACUAAAACAACUAAUGUAGGAACAAUACCCUGUCUGGUAACAGACCCAAAAAUAAACGUGACCCUUCAUGAAAAAGACAACGAUAUCCCUGUGAUGGGCCAGUACAAUCCCACCAGUGGCUUUACAGGAAUAUUGGAAGACAAGAUUUACAGAUGCAGAGGUGAAUACAAUGGAGAGGAAAAGUGGUCCAAUUUAUUCUACGUCUUCAGCAUCUUCGUUCCUGAGGUUCUGGACACCCACAUCAGCGCCUCGAAGACAGUGCUGAAACAAGGCGAGCCGCUCAGCGUUAACUGCACGGCCUACGGAGUUGAGCUCGUCUUCUUCACCUGGGAUUAUCCGAACAAAGAUACUGAAGAAGUAGAAAUCCUGACAGACAUAAUCCAAGCGACCAUGAGCAUGCGUUCCUUCCUCAACAUUUCUCAAACCACUCUGCAAAACUCUGGACAAUACUUCUGCCAUGCCCAAGAGAGCGUGAACAAUCAUCACACUUUGCUUAGCAUCAACAUCACUGUGCUGGAGAGAGGUUUCGUCGAUCUGAGCUCAUUUCUAAGCCCCAACAUUUCCGCAUUGUUGCAUGAGAACGUGGAGCUGAGGGUGGAGGUAGAAGCGUAUCCCAAGCCUCAAAUCCACUGGACCAAAGACGGAGCCAUGAUCAAUGGAGACAAUAUCAUCAGCACGAGGCAGGAACAAGAGACUAGUUACGUCAGCACAUUAACUCUAGUGAGAAUUCGCCUAGAGCAGAAAGGACAUUACACUAUUCAUGUUGCCAACGAGGACGAUUCUAAAGAGAUGACCUUUGAUCUAGUGGUUAAAGUUCCCCCUCAGAUAACUGAACUUUCAGAUCAUUACCUGCCAGAUAAGAAGCAUGGCGUCACCUGUGUGGCAGAGGGAGUCCCAUCUCCCACAAUCCAGUGGUUCACCUGUGACAGCAUACACAAAUGCAGUAACAAAAGCGCCAUGUGGAGCCCCCUAGUGACAGAUACAGAAAGUGUCAGCAUUGUGACUAACACAACCUUUAACGAGAGCCGCAAGAUCCACCAGGUGUACAGCCAGGUGAUGUUUCUCCUUCCUCAGCAGAUCACUGUCCGCUGCCAGGCCAGGAACGAGAGAGGAGCUCGGGCAAGGGACAUCAGACUUGUCCCUAGUACUAUCUUCUCACAGGUGGCUGUUCUGGCUGCUAUUCUUGGUCUAGUCGUCAUAGCCAUCAUUUUUAUCAUCAUCCUAAUCGCUGUGUGGAGGAAGAAGCCACGUUAUGAGAUCAGAUGGAAGGUAAUCGAGUCUGUGAGUCAGGAUGGACAUGAAUAUAUCUACGUAGACCCUGUUCACCUCCCUUAUGACCUGGCUUGGGAGAUGCCUCGAGACAGCCUAGUCCUAGGUCACACUCUGGGAUCAGGGGCAUUUGGAAGAGUAGUGGAAGCAACUGCAUAUGGACUCACCAAUUCCCAAUCUUCUACUAAAGUGGCAGUAAAAAUGCUCAAAUCGACGGCGCGCAGGAGCGAGACUCAGGCUCUGAUGUCUGAGCUGAAGAUCAUGAGUCAUCUGGGACCACACCUCAACAUCGUCAACCUGCUGGGGGCCUGCACCAAACAAGGUCCUCUGUACCUGGUGACGGAGUUCUGUCGAUACGGAGACCUGGUGGACUACCUGCACAGGAACAAGCAGAGCUUCCUGCAGAACUACGCUAACAAGAGCCACCUUACUGACAGCAGUGACAGUCACAUCUCCAUCGACUCUUAUGUGCCUUCUGGGAAAGGCUAUGUGUCAUUUGGCUCUGAGAGUGAUGGUGGUUAUAUGGACAUGAGGAAAGAGGACAUGACUGAAUAUGUGGCCAUGCAAGAGCUAUCAGACACCAUUAAAUACGCUGAUAUCCAGCCACCUCCUUAUGAGUCACCAUAUCAGCAGGACAUCUACCAGGAACAAGGUCACAGAGUGGACCUCUCACUGGUCAUCAGCGAUUCUCCUAUUCUGAGCUACACCGAUCUGGUGGGCUUCAGCUUUCAGGUGGCGCAAGGCAUGGAGUUUCUGGCCUCCAAAAAUUGUGUUCAUCGGGACCUGGCAGCUAGGAACGUCUUAAUAUGUGAAGGAAAACUGGUAAAAAUCUGUGACUUCGGGCUGGCCCGAGACAUCAUGCAUGACAACAAUUACAUCUCCAAAGGCAGCACUUUCCUGCCCCUGAAAUGGAUGGCCCCAGAGAGCAUCUUCCAUAACCUCUACACCACGCUCAGUGAUGUCUGGUCUUAUGGUAUUUUGCUGUGGGAGAUAUUCAGUCUGGGAGGAACCCCAUACCCAGAUCUUCCUAUGAACGAGCACUUCUAUAACGCUCUUAAGAGAGGCUAUCGGAUGACCAAACCCAGGCACGCCUCAGAGGAAAUUUAUGAGGUGAUGAGGAAGUGCUGGGAAGAGAAGUUUGAGAAAAGGCCAGAGUUCUCCUAUCUGGUGCAAGAGAUGGGGAACAUGCUUACCGACGGCUAUAAAAAGCGAUACUCCCAGGUCAGCGAGAGCUUUCAGAAGAGUGAUCAUCCAGCUGUGGUACGCAGCAAGCCCAGGGUGCCCUCUCCAUUCCCGGGCACACUCCCUCCCUCUACCACCAUUUUCCCUCCAACCUCCACACCUAACCAUUGCGUAGAGGCUGAUCAGGAGAUGGCACUAGCACCUUAUAACGGUUACAUCAUCCCAAUCCCUGACCCCAAGCCUGAAGAAGAGUGCCAGGAAGUCAAUAUGCCAACAGAAAGCCGCUCAAGCUCUGUAGGAUCUGAGGCAGAAACAGUGUCAUUGGAGGCUUCCAGUGCAGAGCAGGAGUGCAAAGAUCAACUAAAGGACCACUCCAACACUCCUGAUGCAGAGGAGAGCUUCCUGUAACACCAUGUAGCUUCCUCUUACACUGGAGAAAAUCUGAGGUUGACAUUCAAACAAAAAGCAGACAGAGCGUCUGGUUAAUAUAGAGCUUAUAGGGUGACAUGAUGGUUGUUAGACACAAGUGAUUAAUCUACAUCAAUUGGAUUGCAUCAUAAGUAUUUUGUGGGCACAAAUUAUCCAUUGGUUAAUACAUUGCAGGAACGUCAUAUUUAAUACUUAGUCACCUCCAGCUAAUUAUUUAGAGCAAAUGUUUAUUUGCUUUAAUGUGAUGUGGACUACAUCAUACUGAAGCAUAUUAUACUAUGCUACAUCACCAGUGAGUCCAUUGUGUGUCAUACCAAGAUGAAAGUAAAAUGUACUAUUAUCAGUCAGGUCCAUCCAUAGGCUUAUGUUACCACAACACUGGUCUAAUUCCUUUUAAAUUAUAAGGUGGCCUAAAUUUGAAACUAAAAGAUUAUUUAAAAGUGUUAAUUUUUUUCUUUCUUAAACCGUUAUUUUGUACAAGAGCAGUCAGGAUUAUUACAUGCAACUUGUAUCAGCUUUCAUACAACAUCUUACUAUAUCUUAGGGAAAAUUUUGGAGGAACAGAUUUCAAUGUGGAAAGGUCAGUGUUUUCAAUGCUGCGUUUCGACAACUAGCUCGAAAUUUCCCAUCUCUGACAGAGUUAGAACAAAAUGAGCCAAUUGUCAUGCAGGUGAACUGCAAGCAUUAGCAAGGAAAUAAAGAAUGUUCUGAUCACAAUUACAGGUAGGAAUGUUUAGUCUAGGUUUACGGUUAGGAGCAUAAAAGAGUGCACCCCUCAAUUCAGAUAGGUGUCAGAGCUAGAAGAAAAUCAUGAGGUGCAGACAUAUGAGUUUAAAUGAUGACUGAUGUUUACUGAUAUUGUUACAGUUUGUAUGUUACAGUGUCUGCUUAUAUUUACAUUCAUUUGAAUAAAUUAUGAAUUACCCAGAAAGCAAAUUGUAGUUCGGUUAGUCGUGACUUAUCUAAUCUAAACACAGUCAUGAUGAGCAUUUGAACCCAAUCAAACACAUUUUCAGCUUUAAAAUUAUAUGUUUGUCAUAUAUACAGUCAUUGGGCUCAUUUCAAUCCUUCAGGCAAAAACUAGCAGGGAUUGCUAGCAGCUGAAGGGGAGUUUUGUUCUCCUAGGCUGGCUCCUAGGUUGGAAAUACUAGUUAGUCGAAAGCAGCACAAAAAUACUGUUUCAGAAAUUUCUGUAUACAUGUGGAAGGGCGACAUUUACAAGGCUUUUACGGGAUCUGUUAAAACUUAUCGAUUGCUGUUGCUAGUUUGUCAAUGCUUUUAGGUGAAUAUUCAUAUCAAAUAUGCAGAUUCUGUGCUAUAAUAUAUAAAUAGACCUGUACACACAUUGACAGUGGUUCAAGUUGAGGCUUGCCAUGAGCUGCCUUAUGUUUUUAAUGCUGCAUUAUAUGAAGUUGAGCUAAAAAUUAUGAUUAUUUCUUCUUCCAUCUUUCUUAACAUCAGCUGAACCCUGCCGAACCUGCUUACUUAUUCCUAUGGCCAUGUUACAGGACAAAAAUCAGGUCUGGCGAAUGCAGUUUGUGUUUACUGUAGGUGAGUGCUACCUUGUGCAUUUUCGACAGAUAUUGAAAUGCCCUCUUGAACAAAUCUAAGCAUUACUUUUUAUGCAAAUGGAUUAAAGCAAACUUUGAAAGCAUGAGACCAUGUGGAAAAUUUGCAGUUGAUACAUUCCUGAAUAAAGCUACAGUAUGAAUAGUUAGAGACAGCAAGAAAAAAAUCAGGUUGAGCUAUUUACAGUAAUAUAAAAUAGAGAAUGGUACAGUUCAGUGUGUUUAAAACUCUAUAUCUUAAAAAAAGACUUUGGAAUCAUGGUAUCAUCAAAUGACAUCUAAGUAGCAGCACUAUAUGAAGAUUUUUUUUUUGUCUUUUUCUUUUGGAAGACAUGUCUAUGAAAGUAUUUUCUAUUUUCUUCUAAAGCAAAAGAACUACAUAUAUAUUUUUUUUAUGAUUUCCCUAUAUUUGACCAUUCUUUUAAGCCUUGUAGCAAAUUUGCACUUUAAAAAAAAAUAUUGGAAACUAUGACCUACAGUAGAUGAUUUUUAAAUAUUUUUUUGUAUUAUUUCUUUCUUUCUUUUUUUUUCGUUUAACUUUAAUGAGUGAAUCGAAGGUACGUGAAAUGAAUAGAGGUAUUGUGUACCGUUGAUGCAGUAUUAUAAAGAAGAAUGAUUUCCUUCCUUUAGCAUUGUAGUCUUCUGAUCGAAAUACUAGUGAAACAGCACAGGUUAAGGGUACUAGAUGCAGGGCAACUCUUUAAGUGUGAAAUUGGCUUGUGUUACUUAUUUUUGCUAAAAGAGACUGUAUCUUUAUGUUAAAAUAGCAGUACAUAGUUGAGCCUCAAAGUCACUUUUUAAACCAAUAAAGGGCAAAUCACAUUUUUAUAUACAGUAUAAAAAAAAAAUCACAAGAAACAAUAAAAACUAACCUCAGAACAGUAGCGAUGGCUCAUGCCUUAUACCUACUAAAACAGCCAUUUGUUAUGUAAAACACACAGAAAAUACAGUGCUUUGAUUUCUUUUGACUUUUCUUGAUUUUAUUGUAGCCUUUUUUUUUGUAUAUGAGCCAAACCUUAUUUAGUGUCACACAUCAUAAAUCACACUUUUGAGAAAAUAUUAUACACGCUAUGGUACCAAAGCUUCUACAGUAUGUAUGUUUACAAGUGUAUUUUUGUAUAAAUAUUUUGUAUAUUGUACUGAAUGUACUAUAUGUAAAGGAAACCUAUAAUAAAGGUAAAGGAGAAAAAAAAA